CAAAUAUUAAAUGAUGAUCCAAAUAAAAAUAUUACACAUGAAUAAAUGUGAAUUUGUUAACCAAUCCGAGUUUUUAGGAGUCGAUGUUAUAUUAAGAAUGAUAUAUUAUUAAUCCAUAUUAUUAGUACUAAAUGAAUGAUAACUGAUUUCUAGUGAGGGUCCAUUUUUUUAAAAAUCAUACAUGAAUCAAAGUUGUGACUUCUGUUUUAAUAUAUAAGAUAAACCAUUUUUUUCACUUGGCAGCCACAUAGGAACCACAUCAGUAAUUAAAGCAAAAUCAUUUACAGUUUGGUGCAUUUGACCAUAUUUUAAAAUUUUAUGACUAAAUUUUAAAAAGUUAAUUAGUUCAUGCGGUUUUUAGCUUGUUUCAAUAAACCGUGUAUCAAUAAACCUGAAGAAAUAAGUUCAUGGGGGAAGAAUUGACAAUUUUUCCUCUAAAGAUCAAUUAAACAUUAGCUUUGAUCAUUGUUGAUGCCUGUUAUUGCUUACUUCACGUGAUACUAAAAAAAAGUACGCAAAUUUAUUCUAACACUUUGUAAGGUAAAAUUAGUACAUGUUACUUGAAUUAUAUUCCAAAUCAAAAUAUAUAUUCAAAAAUAUCGUUAAAUAUUUAGUUAACCAUUCCUUAAAGUAAACAGUAUUAGUUAAAUAUUUUGAAGUAUUUCUAAAUAUAAAAUCCCUGAAAUUAAUACAGUAUAUAUAGUACAAAUUAACAAGUUAAUUAUUGAACUCAAAAUUAAUUAUUAUAUACAUUUACAAAAAAAAAAAAAUCCAAAAACAAGUACAAAGGAGGAGAUAUCACCCAAAAAAAAAAAAAAAAGGAAAAAAAAGACCACCAAACCCGUGGAGUUGUUGUGUUGCCAUUUCAUACCUUUGGUAGGAGGCCAAAGCCAUAGCCGAAGCCUCUCUAAUCCUCAAACCCACCCCUUUUGCUUUACGUUCUUCUCUCUUCGAUAAUUCGAUUCCUUUAGUCUCACGGGGGAUCCCUGCUUGAUCUUCAAUCAAUCUCUCUGCUUCGAAUAUUCUUUUUUGUUUUCCGAUCUGCGCCCAUCGGGAUCGGCCUAGUCUUCUCCAGUCAUCUGGUACGUUUGAUCAGGAAUUCGAGAGGACAAGAACAUCGAAUCAGUUGCUGUUUGGAUUUUAAGUGGUUAAUAAGAUGGAUGAAAACAAUGGAGUCUCAACCUCACUCCCACCAUUCCUCACCAAAACAUAUGAAAUGGUAGAUGAUUCCUCCUCUGACUCAAUCAUAUCUUGGAGCGACCACAACAAAAGCUUCAUCGUCAAGAGCCCCGCCGAGUUUUCGAAAGACCUUCUUCCAAGAUUCUUCAAACACAAGAACUUCUCCAGCUUCAUCCGCCAGCUCAACACAUAUGGUUUCAGAAAAGUCGAUCCGGAGAAAUGGGAGUUCGCAAACGAAGAUUUCGUUAGAGGCCAGCCUUACCUAAUGAAGAACAUCCACAGGCGAAAACCGGUUCACAGCCACUCGUUACAGAACCUACAAGCGCAGAGUCCUUUGUCUGAAUCAGAAAGACAGAGCAUGAAGGAUCAGAUCGAGAGGCUGAAGAGGGAGAAAGAAGUCCUUCUCGCGGAUUUACAGAACCAAGAGCUUGAGCGUAAAGGGUUCGAGCUGCAAGUAACCGCGUUGAAAGACCGGUUACAGCACAUGGAGCAGCGUCAGAGAUCGAUAGUGACAUUCGUUUCACAGGUUUUGGAAAAGCCAGGGCUUUCUCUGAACCUAGAAACCCACGAGAGAAGGAAAAGAAAGCUGCAAGAGACAGAGACUUCUCUUCCUCCGAGCCGGUCACACGCAGCGCAGGUGGAGAAGUUGGAGUCUUCCUUAACGUUCUUGGAGAAUCUUGUCACGGAAUCUUGCGACAAGGGUAUGGAUAUUGAUGUGAACGAGUCAACUAGCUGUGCGGAGAGUCUAAGCAAUGGAGAUAACAGAGCCAAGUCAACAAAGAUUGAUAUGAACGCAGAGCCUGUUACCAUAGCUGUUGCUGCUCCAAAGACAGGGGUUAACGAUGUGUUCUGGGAGCAGUGUUUGACAGAGAAUCCGGGAUCGAUUGAACAGCAGGAAGUUCAGUCGGAGAGAAGAGAUGUUGAUGCAAAUAAGAUUGGAGAUGGAAGGACGUUUUGGUGGAAUGCUAAGAAUGUAAAUGAUAUUGCAGAGAGAGCUUGAUAUUUAAGCUCUUUUGUAAAAUAGAUUUUUUUUUUAUUACUACUUCUGAGAUCACUGUCUUGUGGUUCAUUGUUUAUUCUGUUUCUGUACGCUAUUGUUUUGGGGGAAGAGUAAUAUAGAUGCAUAUUGGCUCUGGAUUGAUUUUA